UGCACCUUUCCAAAGAGUACACGCUGACUUUGCGGGCCCAUUCCUGGGCAGCAUGUGGCUAUUAUUAGUAGACUCUUACAGCAAGUGGCCUGAAGUUGUUCAAAUGAACACAAAUACAACAUCUAGUGCUACAAUACGUGCUUUUAGAUCCAUAUUCUCUCGUACAGGUAUCCCAAUCUGUCUGGUAACGGAUAACGGACCACAGUUCGUGUCGGAUGAAACUGAGGGAUAUCUGAAAUCCUGUGGUAUAAAGCACGUGACUGUUCCGACGUAUUCUCCCAAAUCAAACGGAAUCUGCGAACGACUUGUUCAGUCGUUUAAAUCCGCCCUGAAAAAGAUGUCUGUAACCAGUAAGGACGUGUGCAAGAAUCUGAACGAUUUUCUGCUAACUUACCGCAACACACCCCAUUCGUCUACUGGUCAAACACCAGCUGUGUUAGCGUUCAACAGAACUCUGCGAUCUAAACUACACCAAAUCAAACCAACCGAUCGGAUGAGGGAGCAGGAAUUGCAAUCUGAGAAACUGCAAGUUGCAAUUAACGAACACCCCAGAACUCGAGAGUUCCGGGAAAAUCAGCUCAUUUUCGCCAAAAUGGACGACAAAAGCCACUGGGAGCAAGCUAGAGUAAUCAAAAGACUCGGUGAUAAUUCGAACAAUUACGUGGUCCAACACGGAGACAGGAUUGUAAAGAAACACGCUGACGCAAUAAAACCACGACACACCCCCGUUAUAAGGAUGGAACGAAAAGCAAUCACUAGUCCGCAAAAAACGCUGUUAACCAGAGAGAUAGCUCGCUCUGACAUUAAGUUCCAGAAGCUGCAUGAAACAAGGGAAAGACGGAGAAUGAAUGCACUAAACCUAGGAGUUCCGAACGGCAACAGACUUGAGGCUGUGGCGAAACCAGCGUCCCCAGUCAGGGAUACCUCACCGUCUAAAGUGACUGAGCGUCCUCAACCGAAAGUUGCUUCCCCCCUGAAAACCAACGACAAGCAAGUCCGGGUGUCUGAGUUGUCCAAACCUACAGCUACAGGUGGUGCACCCUUACCUGAACCGCGUUUGAGACCAACCAGAAGUGCUAAGAGUGAUGCUAUCACUAAAAUGAAAACCAUGAGUUAGAAUGAGUAAUCACGAACUGAAAUCAUUGUAAACCCGUAUGUUGUAAUAUUUGUCAAACCGCUGUUUUUAUCACAUUUUUAGAGUCACUCAUUAUUUUAAAUUUUACAGAUUUCCUGAUUUAACUUAUGUAUUUUAAUAAUUCGACAGAGAACGUGGCUAAUCCAAUUUUAUGGAAAUAUAAGUUACAAGUUUUUAACGUUUAAGAAGCAA